CGUUGCGCUUCCGAUCUGGAAACAGGAAGCUGUAUUUUUUCAAGUCUACUUUCCCCCAUCUACUUAAAUGAAAAACGAGUCAGCGAAGGACUUCUCUUCCCGUCGUCCACCGCGUCUCUAAACACUGCGCAUGCGCACAGCUUGUGGCGACCCAGCUACCUCAGGUCCUCAUGAGCUUGUGAUACAGAACGGCAGCCGACAUGGAGCCCGCUUGGCGACAGCAGGGCCGAGGUCGUGGCCGGGGUCAAGCUUCUGGCGAUGCGUCGUCAUGGCGACCUCAGAGGCAGGAGGUUGGCGGCGGGCGAGCGGGGCGAGGGAGGGCCGGUUCUGCCGCCACAACGGUACCCAAAGCAGAACCUUCCCCUGGGGCAGAUGCAUCCUCUCAGUCCAAAUUUGAUGAGAUCAGGAAGUCCAACCAGGCUGCUGCUCAGCGAUUGGCUGAGAGACAGUACAGCUCCUCCUCCUCCUCUGAUGAUGAUGAUGAUGAAGAUGAUGAAGAAGAAGGUGGAGUGCUUGGGAAGCGAGGACGUAUCUUGGAGACGACGUUCACUACGUACACCAGUCAGACAGAAGGAGACAUGUCAGACCUGCAGAGAACUCGUCAGUACCUGAAUGAGGCAUUUCAGUCUGGAGCCAUUACCUGCCUCAUCUGCAUCGCCUCGGUGAAGAGAACCCAAGCGGUAUGGAGCUGUGUUGGAUGUUAUUGUAUCUUCCACAUUCCCUGCAUUCAAAAGUGGGCUAAAGACUCCAUCUUCCUCGUUUCCUCAGUAACGGAUGAAGAUUUUGGGAAGAAAGAACACCCCUGGCCCUGUCCUAAGUGUAGAUAUCAGUACACCCCUCAGCAGACUCCCACUCGUUAUUACUGUUACUGUGGGAAGGAGGUGGAGCCUAAACCUGACCCGUGGCUCCUCCCACAUUCCUGCGGACAGGUGUGUGAUCAAGAGUUUAAACCUCCAUGUGGACAUCGCUGCCUUCUCCUCUGCCAUCCAGGUCCUUGCCCUCCGUGUCCGAAGAUGGUGAGUGUGUCGUGUGUUUGUGGAAAAGCCGCCCCUGUGCCACGCCGCUGCAGUAAUAAAGCCUGGACUUGCGGGAAGAUCUGCGGUCGCACUUUACCCUGCAGGAUACACAAUUGCGCACACAGCUGUCAUGCAGGUGAGUGUGAGCCGUGUCCAAGAGUGAGUUUGCAGAAGUGUGUGUGUGGCAGAAAGAAGGCGGAGCGUCAGUGUGCCAUUCCUGUGUGGCACUGUGAUCAGGUGUGUGGCCGCCCGUUGCCCUGCGGGAACCACACGUGUGAGCGAGUAUGUCACACAGGUGUGUGUGGAGAAUGUCCUCGUGCAGGGAACCGCACCUGUCCAUGUGGCAAGAGCAAGUGUGCAUUACCAUGUACAGCUGAUGUUCCUACCUGCGGUGACACCUGUGAUAAGAAGCUGGACUGUGGCUUACACACCUGUUCCAUGCGCUGCCAUAGAGGAGCCUGUGAGACCUGCCGCCAGGAGGUGGAGAAGCAGUGUAGGUGUGGGCGCUACACCAAGCGCAUGCCCUGCCAUAAGGAGUAUCUGUGCGAGUCUAAAUGCACCCAGAUGCGCAGCUGCAACAGACACCAGUGCAAGAGGAAGUGUUGCCCGGGUAACUGUCCACCAUGUGAUCUGAACUGUGGCAGAACACUGGGGUGCCGGAACCACAAGUGCCCCUCUGUAUGUCAUCAAGGGAGUUGUUACCCCUGUCCAGAGGUGGUGCAGGUCAAGUGUGCAUGUGGUUCCACAUCUCUUAGUGUUCCAUGUGGACGAGAGAGGAGCACCAAACCUCCACGCUGCAAGGAGAUUUGCAGGACUCCUCCAUCGUGUCAUCACCCCUCCCGUGAGCAGCACAGGUGUCACUUUGGGGCGUGUCCUGCGUGUAAGCAGGUGUGUCAGCUGCCUUUACCUGGAUGUACGCACCUGUGCCAGGCACCAUGCCAUGACCAGGUGCUGCUCAAACCCAACAAUCGGGUUCAGUUAGCAGGUCCAUGGGAACAGCAGACCGCUCCAGCCUUUGAGUUUAAGGCAUUACCUUGCCCUAACUGCCAAGUGCCCAUACCCACGGCUUGUCUCGGGGCACAUGAGGUGAGUCCAGUACUGUGCCAUGUACGUGGGCCGUUUUCAUGUGGCCGUGCAUGUGGAAGAACUUUGACUUGCGGAAACCACAGCUGCCGCCUUGAGUGCCACGCUGUGACCUUUGACCCCAAGAAGGAGAAAACCAAGGCUGGAAAGGAGUGUGAAAAAUGUGAAGAAGGCUGCUUGAAGCCCCGCCCCUCCGGAUGCCCCCAUCCAUGUGCCCUCCCCUGUCACAGUGGAGACUGCCCCCCCUGCACUCAGAUGAUCAGACAGCGAUGCCACUGCAAGAUGUCCAACCUGUACAUCGAGUGCCUGAAGCUGACCACUGCUGAUGAUGAAGGUCGAAAACUGCUCACGUCCUGCAAAAACCAGUGUCCUAAACAGCUGAAAUGUGGGCAUCGCUGUAAGGAGCUCUGUCAUGCAGAAGAGUGUGAGGAGAACUGCAACCAGAGAGUCAGAGUCAAGUGUCCAUGCAAAAGGAUCAAAAAGGAGUUUUCCUGUUCCCAAGCCAGACAGGAGGAGAAUCUGCUGAUUUGUGAUGACACCUGUAAGGACCUACAGAGGAAAUAUGCUGAGGCUCGGGAAGCGGAGGAAAGAGCGAUCAAAGAGGAAGAGUUAAAAAAGCAGCAGGCCGAGCUGGAGGCCUUUGAGAAGCGACAGAAAGGAAAGCGGAAGAAGAACAGGCGCAACACCGAGGUGGAGACAGACGAAGGGGUGUGGCUUAAAUACAGGAAGUACUUCCUGGUGCCUGUGUGCGGCGUCCUAUUAGCUAUUGGAGUGUUUUAUCUGCUGCAGGCCAGCUAGAGCAUCACCAAGAUCACCAUGCUCUCUUUCUCGCUCUCUCUCUCUUUCUCACACACACACACACACACACACACACACACACACACACA